UUUUUGAAACAAAGCUGCAAAUCAAUAUUAUAAUGUGUUAUGUAAUAUGUAUUUAUAUCUUCAGCGCGGAAUUAUCGCUUCUUUAAAGUUUAAACAUUGUUUUUAACGUUGCAUAAACUCCUAGUUACGUUUUGAUUAUUGCAGUUUGUUUUGAAAUGGUAAACCCCUGGCUUUCCGAGAUGGUUAACAACGAAAUCGAAAACUUUCAGCUGUCCUCAAGUAAGGAAGAAAAGUUAAUGGCUCACCACGUGCAAAAACAUCUACCCGGAUUGAGGGCACGUGUUUGCGGCCAAUACACGAGACUCAAACCGGCGUUCGUGCUCCAUGUAGGCAGUUUCCUAGUAAAAAGACAUAAUAUCACUUGAUAAAUGAUAUCCGUUGCAUAGGUUUUGUUAAAAUCUUAGUGGGUGUAUAGGGGGUAACUUCCCGAAAAAAGGAAAACAUAAAGUGGAAACAAGUGGCAAUUGAAAGGAUAUGGAAGAAGGAAGCGUGAAGCAUUGAACGACGCAAGAACUUCUUUUUGCCUACUGAACUGUUAACAUAGAUCAACACUCAAGAAAAACUCACGAAGGAUGACUACCACUCAAAAAUGGAACACAAUCCUCGCAGUCACCCAGCUGCUGGUGUGCCUCUUAGGAAUUAUUCUUAAUGGCAUCGUGAUGUUCACAAUUUUCAGAAAUAAGCACAGGCGGAUAUCAGCACAGACGUAUCUCAUCCUCAGCAUUGCAGUAAGCGAUUUCCUCUCAUGUGCGUUGGCUGUUCCACUCUCGAUAGGAAAGUACUUUUUAAGAGAAUGGCCUUUUGGUAUGGCUGGCUGUCAAGCUUACGCCUUUUUGAUAUUUUUACUGACGUUCGUUUCCAUUACUCACUUGGCUUGUAUUUCUGCUGGAAAGUAUCUUACUAUCACUAAGUCUCUUUCAAGGGACUCUUAUUUUAACACGAACAAAGUAUUGUGCAUUAUCUUGGCCUCGUGGAUUCUCUCGCUUUGCUUCAGCUUGGCACCUUUGGUGGGAUGGUCAAGGUAUGACCUUGAAGGAACAAACAUAACGUGCUCAAUCAAAUGGAAUUCAUCUCAUCCAACUGAUAAGGCAUACUUUGGAGUUGUAAUUUUUACCUGUUAUGUUUUACCCUUGGCUGUGAUCAUGUUUUGCUACUUCAAAAUCCACAAAGUUUCCAAACACCUUAUAGAAGAUACUUAUCAAAUGAGGGGGCUGGCUAUGACCGCCACGCAAGCCCUCUUGAAGAAGCAUCGCAAGUCAGCCAUGUACUUUCUCGCCAUCAUCGCUGCUUUUGUAAUUCCUUGGACGCCUUACAUCACAAUCGCCUCUCUUCUGGCGCUGGGAAAGCUUAUCAAUCCUGUAGCUAUCAGUGCAUGCAAGGUUUUUGCAACAGUUUCGUUUUUCUUAAACCCAAUAUUGUACGCCAUUUUCCACCGCAGGUUUCGACGGCGUUUUAUUUUAUCAGUUCCCAUUACUAGAUCGAGACGAGUUGCGGUUAGACCUAUUGGUUUGCCGUCAGUGUCGCGGACUUUAGCGCUUUGA